GCCGUCCGCCUUCCUUCCCCCUCCUCUCCCUCCUCCUCCCCUCCCUCCUCCUCGUUACCAACAGCCCCUUCUUUCCCUUGCCCUCUGGCUUGGCCUUGUUGGGCCUUGCUCUUCUCCUCGAAGCCCUGAGCAUUGUACCUCUGCUGUGAGCGUUGGAAUUCAAAAUGCUGUCUCGUGCCCUUUUGCGCGCCGGCAGCGCAACCAAGCGAGGGGCGAGCCAACUUCACUUGCGCGGGUUUGGUACGUGGAGCCACAAUCCAUGCACCAAGAGCCUCUCUUCUGCUGGCGUGCCUCCUCCUGCAGCACGCUGGGGGCAACCUGAGCUCUUGAAGCACAUGCAACCGCUAGAAAAAUAUGCGGCCUGGUCUGAAGCGUUGAAACAAGCACCCGUCAUUCCAACUCUGCUAGGAUCCAAACCUCUUAUCUUCAUUCCAGACAUGGAAAGACCAUCUGAGAACAUGAACGCUUCUAUUUCUCUUGCGGGACAGACAUAUCUGGUCUCCCCGACAGCUGCAGGUGUGAGUGAGCCAAACUGGGACACGGAAGGCAUGUUUGCCUCCAGCGUUCUCAAGAAAAGGAGGAAGAAGAUGAACAAACACAAAUGGAAGAAGAGGAGGAGGCUCAAUCGAUCAUAUUCGAGAUAAGCUCCGGAUAUUCUUUGUGGUUUAUUGCCAUUUGCUCAUGGAUUUAUCGAUGUUACCACCUGCGCUUCUUGUUCUGCUGGGUGGAGACCAUGUUUUGUUAGGAUUUCAUGCAGCAGAAGGGAAUCAACCUGAAAUGACUGGCGACUUGUCUCCUGGAAACGAUCUCUUCCAGGAGGAGCCCUGCUCUGCGGCCGUGGCGAUCCCCUGCUGGCAAAGCGAGGGCUUCCCCUGCUUGG